AUGGUUAAAUUAGGUAUAAUUUAAUUGAAUCUUUGAGCACCAAUAUUGUAUGGAUUUAUGCAAAUAUAUUCGUUGAGUAUUUUAAGUAUAAUAGAUGAUGGUUUAUUUGAGAAAUCAAAUAUAGGAACAUAUUAUUUGUAUUUGAUGAUAAUUUUUACUUUAAUAUUUUAUGGAUUGACAGCAUUUAAAGAUGUAAAUAUUAAUGAUAUGAUAAGCCAGGAUUUGUUACAAUAAGUGAUUAUUAAUAUACAGAUAGUUCGAAUCCAUAUUAAAAGAAGAAAUAAUAAUUUCAUGUACUUCCAGGCAAUUCUCAAUUUAGAACAAAAGAAUAAGUAGUAGAAGAACAUAUUGAUUUAAAAGUGGAUAAUUAAGUAAAAGAGAAACCAAAGUAUAUGAUAUGCAUAAUUAUAGGAAUAAAGAUGAAUUUGAAAUGGAAUGCGAGGCAUCAAUUGAUGAAUAAAACCUUCCUGAUACUGAUAUACAUAAUAUAGAAAAUAAUGUUAAAUCUUAUGAGAAAACACCUGAAAAAUGUAAAACUCCUUCAAAAAUGAUUUCAUAAAUGUAAAGUCCUCAUUAAAAUAAUGCAACUUCAUAAGUACUUUCUUAAGGUAGUACUAAACCUGACAUAAAUAAUAAUAAUAAUAAUAAUAAUACUCCAAAUACAUAACCUGAACCUCAAUUUCAUUUUUAAUAAGAAAUCAAUAUUGAAUAAGGAGAACAUUAAUAAUCUCCUAAAUCUGCUAACAAUGAGAAGAAUAUAGAUUAAAGUGUGCAUCAUGGAAAUAGUAUGUUUAUAGAAAAGAGAUAUUGUCCCAUUUGUAAUCAAGAUUAAAUCAUUCGUUCUAAACAUUGUCGAAAAUGUAAUAGAUGUAUUGCAUUAUAUGAUCAUCAUUGUCCAUGGGUAUAACAAUAUAUAUAAAUAUAUUUAAGACUAGUAAUUGUAUAGGAGAAAGAAAUAGAUGUGUUUUUUAUUGGUUUCUCUUUUUCUAAAUCUAAGAAAUUGCUUAUGUUAUGAAUGAGGUAAAUAUAUACAUAUAUUACUUAAGGCUUUACCACACCUAGAUUUCUCUAAAUAUAAUUCAUUAUUUUCUGUUUUAGUCAUUAUAACUCUACUUCUAUUAAUAUCUAUGGGACUGAUGGUUCUUAGUUUAUUUCUUUUUCACUCUUUGUUGACUUUCAAAAAUAUGACUACUUGGGAAUAUAAGAGUUGGAAAAGGAUCUCAUAUCUUAAAGAUUUUCCAUAAUAAUUGGGAUCACCUUUCAGUAGUGGAUGGAAAUAAAAUCUUCGAUAAUAUUGUCGCUUUUCUGUACCUAAAUUGACUAAUUGGGAAUAUAGUAAUUAAAAUCUGAAUUUUAUCAAAUGA